ACGAAAUACUCUCUCUCUCUCUCUCUCUCUACAUAUGUAUUUCCAUUAUUAAAAUGGAGAUUAGAAUUAAGGUGCCUAUAUAUAUAGAUACAUGUGUAUGUAUGAGAUAAUUUUUACUCGAAUUAUUCGAAAUUUUAAAAAGCCAAAAACUGUGAGAGAGAAAUGAUGGAGCAUCUUGUAAAUUAUUAUAUGUGGUGGUGAUGCCAGUAGGCGUCACUGUUUGCUUUUUGCCGUCUUCACUUGUAGCGUUGCAGGCAUGUUGAACGUGCUCUGAAGUUUCAACCCCUUAAGGCCUAAAUUUUGUCAUCUUUUUCUGUUGCUGGUAUUCUCCUUGUCUCAGAUUUUUCUGGGUGGCAGAGGAAAUUGAGGUGUAGGUGAAGAAAAUCAAGGUACUGAAAACGUGGUGAUUUUAGUUUCUGCAACUGCUGGUUUGCCGCUUUCAGGUUUCUUCUGCCUCUCUGUUUAUUUUUUUAUUUUUUUUUAUUAAUUUUUUGAUCAUCAGCCUAGCGAUUUCGAUCUUUUAAAUGGGUAAAUUUCAGUUCUGGAUAAGAAGGGGCUUUUGAGUGAGAAAGUUCGAAUCUUUUAUCAGGUAGUAAGUGGAUUUGUCAGAUGUAUUGAGAUUUCUCCAAGGUUUUAUAUAGCUGAGCAUGGUAAAAGAUAGAGGAGAGAAAAAAAAAAAAAAAAGGGUAUGUGAAUUUUUAGAGUAUAAAAAUCAGAAUCGCAAAGAAUAGGAAAAAUCGAUUCGAGGGUAAUUAAAAAAUUUGAAUCAAGGUUUGUGCAUACGAUCAUGGAGAGACAGAGCAGUUGUCGGGCAACAACGGUGGAAAAGCAACCAACUUCAAUUUCAAGUUGCCGAGUAAUGGAGAAACAGUCAAGUUUUGGGAGGGCAAUGGAGAAGCAGAAGAGUUUUCGUGGGCUUAUGGAAAGGCAAAAGAGUAUCCGCAUAGUGAUGGAGAAGCAGCUCAGCUUCAUUGGUGGGGAGAGGAAGAAGAGCAAGGAAUCUCCCGGUAAAAGAGGUGACUCCCAACUUCAUUUGGCUGCUCGGGGAGGGAAUUUAGUCAGAGUCAAAGAGAUUAUUCAGAAUUUUGGCGACAAGGAUUCCAUGGAUUUGUUGUCAAAGACCAAUCAGGAGGGGGAGACCCCCCUUUAUGUUGCAGCCGAGAACGGCCAUGCUUCUGUUGUUGGGGAGAUGUUGAAACAUAUGGACCUUCAAACUGCAUCCAUAGCUGCUAGAAACGGCUAUGAUCCAUUUCAUAUUGCUGCAAGACAGGGUCAUCUUGACGUGUUGAAGGAACUUUUGCAUGUGUUCCCUAACUUGGCAAUGACCACAGAUUUAUCCAAUUCAACUGCAUUACAUACAGCUGCUAUUCAAGGGCACGUUGACGUAGUGAAUCUUCUUCUGGAAACAGAUUCAAACCUUGCCAAGAUAGCCCGAAACAAUGGUAAGACUGUACUUCAUUCCGCAGCAAGGAUGGGGCGCUUGGAAGUGGUGAGGUCCCUACUAAGUAAGGAUCCAAGUGCUGGUUUCAGGACUGACAAAAAGGGCCAAACUGCAUUGCACAUGGCUGUCAAAGGACAAAACGAGGAGAUUGUUCUCGAACUGUUAAAACCUGACCCUGCUGUUUUGAGUCUGGAAGAUACCAAGGGAAACACAGCAUUGCAUAUUGCCACAAGGAAGGGCCAUAUUGAGAACGUACGUUGCUUAUUAUCAAUCGAGGGUAUUAAUAUCAAUGCAACCAACAAAAGUGGAGAGACGCCUCUUGACAUUGCAGAAAAAUUUGGAACUCCUGAACUUGUCUCCAUUUUAAAAGAGGCAGGGGCAACCAAGGCUACAGAACAAGGAAAAGGCCCAAAUCCCGCAAAGCAACUCAAGCAGACUGUGAGUGACAUAAAACAUGAUGUCCAGUCACAACUCCAGCAGACCCGUCAAACUGGCUUCAGAGUGCAGAAAAUUGCUAAGAGGCUAAAGAAGCUUCAUAUCAGUGGACUCAACAAUGCUAUAAAUUCUUCGACCGUUGUUGCGGUUCUCAUUGCCACUGUUGCUUUUGCAGCCAUCUUCACCGUGCCUGGACAGUUUGUAGAGGAGAAAACAAAGGGAACUUCACUUGGACAGGCCCGUAUAGCAAACAAUGCUGCUUUUAUCAUCUUCUUUGUGUUCGACAGUCUAGCGCUCUUCAUUUCCCUGGCAGUUGUUGUAGUCCAGACAUCUGUGGUUGUCAUUGAACAGAAGGCAAAGAAACAACUUGUUUUUGUGAUCAAUAAGCUUAUGUGGUUGGCUUGCCUCUUCAUUUCAGUUGCAUUUAUUUCUCUCACAUACGUGGUUGUGGGAUCAGAUUCCAGGUGGCUUGCGGUAUAUGCUACUGUUAUUGGUGGUGCUAUAAUGCUGACUACAAUUGGUUCGAUGUGCUAUUGUGUUGUACUACAUAGGAUGGAGGAGUGUAAGUUGAGAAAUAUUAGGAGAGCUGAGAGUCGUUCUUUCUCCAUGUCUGUGGCAUCAGAUCCAGAGAUUUUGAAUGGUGAAUAUAAGAGGAUGUAUGCACUUUAAAGGUCACUUUGAGGAUAGGAAAGAAAAACAGAGGGACAGAAAGGAAGCCCUUUUGUUUCCCUGAUCAGUCUCUGAUUGCCAAGAUUGAAGCUGUGUGUCACUUAACCUAAAAUUAUGAGGGUUAGGGAUGCUGGUUUAGCAUGCAGAAGCUGUUAUUCAAGUCUCUUGCGUGUUUUGUAUUCUUUUAUGGAUACUUCUGGAAUAGUCCGUUGAUUAACAUCUCCUGUUCGAUAUUCUGUGGGUACAGCUCUCAUUAUUCGAAUUUGAUACUAGAGAAAAAAGGUUGCAAAACUCACUCAGAUCUGAGGAGCAGAGGUUGCUGGCAAUAAUUGCCUGUGUAGUCAACUAUUUAUGUAUGCGUUGUGCAUGAUCCAUUUCAUGCGCAAAUAUAGUAAUGAUGAAAUAUGAUGUUUAUAAUGUUAUCAAA